AGGGGGUGCACCAGGAACUAUAACGUACCCUUUGAAGGAUUUCGCUUGUGUAUUCUGGUCACAACGAGUUCUUUUUAAAAUCCGAUUGGCAACGCCAGACGCUUGAAGAGGUUAGCUGUGCAACCAAGGGAUCAUCCCAGAAGAAGGAAACCCAGACCAGGACAGGCGUGUAAUCGCCUUGUCGGUAGGGACCGAGGAAGAAAGGAGUUCGGAAUCCUAACAUUGGUUUCGGAUCUGGUUACAGGUCAAAAUGAUAUUACAUUUAAGACAUAUCCUGUGGAUGUAUUCCACCUUGAUGCUAGCAUAUUCAGUGUACUCAGCUCAUGACAAUGAGAAGUUGAUGAGCAUGGUGGUUAAGGAAGUCUCCCUUGUGAAAGGGUCCCUUUCUAGUUUUGUUUCUCUCCCUUGUCACUAUACCAUUGCCCCGUCACCCUCCAACCACUCCUUGCAAGAGUUCCCACGGAUCAAGUGGACAAAAAUAGAAGUCGACAAAGACGGGAAAGACCAGAAAGAAACCACGAUUCUGGUGGCACAAAAUGGUGUGAUAAAAAUUGUCGCUGGCUAUGAUGGUAGAGUAGCAGUACCCAAGCACCCUGAGAGUCUGAAUGACGCCACACUGACUAUCUGCCGACUGCGAGCAAGCGAUACUGGCCUUUACCGCUGUGAGGUAAUGGUUGGCAUUGAAGACGAGCAGGACAUUGUCCAAUUAGAUGUCACUGGGGUAGUAUUCCACUAUCGGUCAGGACUUAGCAGGUACUCCCUGAACUUCGAGGUAGCCAAGCGGGCUUGUGAGUUGAACAGUGCAACCAUUGCCAGCCCUGAACAGAUUCAGGCUGCAUAUGAAGAUGGGUUUGACCAGUGUGACGCUGGCUGGCUUUCUGAUCAAAGCGUCAGGUACCCGAUCACCAAACCGAGACCUGGCUGCUAUGCUGAUAAAAAGGGACGUCCUGGUGUUCGAACAUAUGGAAUAAGGGACCCCAGUGAGAUGUAUGAUGUUUACUGCUAUGUUGGAGAUUUAAAUGGGGAGGUGUUCCACAUCACAGUGCCAGGAAAGCUGACGUUUGUGGAAGCUCACCAAGAGUGUCAGAACAAGGGUGCUCAGUUAGCCACCACUGGCCAGCUCCACGCUGCUUGGAAGGAAGGGCUGGAUCGCUGUGACUAUGGCUGGCUGGCAGAUGGCAGCGUGCGAUACCCCAUAGUCUAUGCCAGGACUCAGUGUGGAGGCGGCCUGCUCGGAGUGAGGACCAAGUACCUAUACAACAACAGAACUGGAUUUCCUCAUCCCUUCACAAAGUUUGAUGCCUACUGCUUUCGAGGCAAGCGGGUAAAGGUACCUCCGCCAUUGAUGCCCCAGGUCUCAGAAGUCAAAGUUCAUGAAAUUUCCAGAGAACUCGCUAUGAAUCUGUCUUCCACACCUACUGAUAGAGGUUAUGGCCAGAGCAGUAGUCCUAAAUCAGAACGUCUUCAUGAAAAAGAUCAGAUAAGUGUCUUCCCAGAUACUGAGCCCACUCCAACACUUACUGUUGUCUCCCCUGCCUUAUUUGAACCAUCACUCAGACAAGAUGUUCAAAACCAUACUGUGGCUGCUGCGCCUGCUGAACACGAAAUUAAAAGUCAAGAUGAAGAUGUUAGCCUGCAUACUGAAUAUCCGGUAGUGGAGACCAGCUCAAUGCCACCAACUGGUCAAGCUGAUUUUGAAAAAGAAUUUUACGAUGGUAAAAUAAUUCAACCCAGUUUAGAAACAUUGAUUGAAGAAGUGACAACUGGAAAAAUGCCAGUGGAUGACAAGCUGGAAAUAUCUGUGAUCACCCGCACUGUGAUAACUGCAGGCGUAGAAAAAGACGGUCAGACUGUUGGUCCACAGGAUGUAAAAGAAAACAUAUCCAUUGCAGAAACCACUGUCAGUGCAAAGGCACCUUUAGACACCAGCACUGUCAGUACAACAAUUGUAGGAAGUCAGAGUGAAAGUGUCCAAACAUUUGUACCAAUUGAGGUUGUGCCAACCUCGAUCACAGAUAAACCUGCUUUACCACAAGACACACAUCUUGGUAGCGUUCCCACAUCUCAAGAAGGGACAGAAAGCCCAGAGGAGGUAACUGAUAAGCAGAUUGAGAAAAUAACGGUACUGUAUGCUAGUGAUGUUCCAGCCAGCAGUUUAAAUAAAACUGCUGUAACACAACAGGCAGAACCAGAAGAAUCCAGAGAUGAAAAGAAAUCCACAUUGCUGCCAUUCAUGUCAAAUGAUUCAGUAACUACAGAACGUGACAGAAAAACAGUUUUAGCUUCUACUACAUCUGAGGACCAUAGUAAUAGAACAAGGAAAGACCAGGACAGCAAGAAAGAGGUAGUGACGCAUUCACUGAGUACAGCUGAACCUGCUUCUGACAUCACUGGAACGGAAGCCACGAGUAUCGAAGACGCCAGUCAUAUUAUAAAAGUUGUACCUAUAAGCAUUGUACCAGAAACUACACCACCCAUAACUGUGUCUGCAACUAAAGAUAGCAUAUUAUUAGCCUCAAGAACUAUGAGAACAAUGACUGAUGAGCCAUCAGUUUAUUCAACAUUAAGACCGAUGGCCUCUUUGUCUACGCAAUCGAGCACUGAUGAAGCUGAAGGAUCUUCUAGCAUUAUGUUGUCAAGUGAUGAAAAAGAAGACGGGCAAGAACAAUCUUUUGAAGAUGAAGGACCAUCUACUUCAUUGAUUCUACCAGAAGUAACAUCCCAAGGAGAUUCUGAAGAUGCGAACACUGAGGUUGUCUUCGCUGAUUCAGCUAAAGUUAUUGAAAAGUCAACAGUUCAAGUCAUUACUUUGGAAUCUCAAAGCUCCGUUGUCCAGUCCACGCAGUUCGAGCAAACAGUUACCACUCCAGAAAGUCAUGCUGCAAGAGUAAUCCCAUCAAAAUAUUUUUCUGACGAUCUAAUGAAGAAAGAAUUAGUAGCUAAUCAAACAGGGCUGAUUCAUGCAUUUGCUGAGCCAACUCAUACUGGUAAGACAGUGGAAUCUACAGAUUCGACUGGAUUAUCUUCUGAAGCUUUGAUAGAGAAAGUUGCUCAUGAGACUGAUGUGGAUGAGGCCAGUGGACUCGAACCUAAAGAAGCUGAAGGUCUCUUCUUUCCAGAAGUUCAGACGGUCUCAAGUCACACAGAGGUUGUAAAUGCUUCUGGUGAUGAUAGGCCAACAGAAUAUGACCAUAAACCUAGUGGCCACCUGCAUUUUGUAAGCCAUCAACCCACAGUCGAGGAAGUGAGUAUAGAAUCUACAAGUGGCAUCACAGAGGAAUCAGUGAAAGAGCAUGGUGUGUCGCAGACUAUUACCAUUACAAGCACUCAAGAACAACCAGAUGUUUUUACUCUUGAAUCAGAUGGGAACGUGGAUAUGAUAAGUCAAUUGCCGCAGGGCCAGUCCACAGUUUCGGCUACACCAGAGUCGGUUAGCGUCCUAACACAAGCUGCUGAGGAAAGUCGAGCAGUCCACACCUCUGGAUCUGAUCAUAUGAUAAGAUUUGAGACUCUGUCACCACAGAUAGAGGUAGAAAAGAAAAUACAUCACAUAACUACAACAGUGCAAGAACCAGAAGAAGCAAAACGCGAGAGUCAUUAUACAACAGUGAUAACUCCACAAGAAACAUCAGAACCUAGAUUUGUACCUGGGGAUAAAAUUCACCCAGUACGACCAGUACCAACAUAUUCUGAGGAAACGAAAGCUGAGUCCGCUGUGACUGUUUUACCAAGCACAUUAUUGCCUAUUGUAAAUUCCACAGUUGCAGGUAUUCAAGAAGAGCUAGACAUUAGUACUGCAGAAAAGAUUCAACCAGAAUCAGCAAGCGAAGAAGGUAGUGCGAUUGGCCAGGACAUUGAAUCACAUUCAAGUACCCCAGAAAUAUCAACUAUUUCUAAAAGAUUUGUGACUGAGUCAUCUAAAGCAGUAUCUCACCAUCCUGUUUCAGUGCAAGAGGUCACUUCAAUGCCUGUGAUCGUCAGUCACAUUCCGGUAAUAGACUCCACCUCAGAGAAGACAAUAUCUCACCAUCCACAUGAGGUUACCUCAGUGCCUGUGAGUGAAAUUUACAUACCUGUUGAAGACUCCACCCCAGAUGAGAUUGAGAAGGAUACUGCCGAAAUAGUUCCUGAGAUAAUUGCCAAAACCUCUACAUCGCCACAAAAGAUAGUUCAUUCCCUGGUUGAAUCAACUGUUACCUCCUCAUCUGUAACAGCAGAAGAGAUAGAAGGAUCAGGUACUCCAGAGGAAACAACAGGCACAAAGGAACUGAGCACAGCAGGCUCUGAAACAGACACCAAGGUUAGAACCACAGCCUCCGUCACUGGAGUGGAGGUAAUGGAGGUAACCACAAAAGCAAUCAAAUUAUUCCCAACAACAACAGCUGCCUCUGCCAAAACAAGACCUGGUACAAGUGCAUCCAUCAAAGACACUGAAGUAAAAACAACAGUCAAACCAAAAUCUUCAGUAACAGAUAUAUUACCACUUAUUAUUGAAAAUGAUCCUGGUGAGACUCCAGUGGAAGAGACUGUAAUUAUUGGUGAAUCGAGUACCCUGCUUCCUGGUGUCUCAGACAUCGAUAUGACAGGCAGUCUGUCCCAACUGGACAUCGAUCACGAAUAUUUCACAAUGUCGCCGACCAGAGUAACACCAGUCUUUAAACCUUCUGCUGCUGUCUCUCCUAUCGGGGUCACGUCAAAGGCUGUAGCAUCUCCAGACUCGGCUGCAGCAUCUCCAGACUCGGCUGCAGCAUCUCCAGACUCUCCUCCAGCAGGAGAUCAAAAGGCUGUAGAAGCUUCAACAUUUUCCACCAUUCCAACAACUAUAGCUUCUUUCCCAGCACAGCCAGACACAGAGGAAGAGCAGAAACCAGUUGAUGUUGUGGAAAAAUUGACGGCUACCACUGCACUGGAUAAGGAAGUGUUAACUGAUCAUGGUUUGGAAAUGGAAGGGUCUGGGGCAGAAAUUGCAAACGGCAGAAUAACUUCUACAGAAUCCUUGCCUUCAUUCCAUGUUCAGUCACCCGAUGAGGAGGUGACAGAUGCAUUAGUUCCCGGGGGUCCUAUUCACUUUGUCUACAUUCAGAUUGACGUAAGAGGAGAAGGCAGUGGAGGAACAGGACAAAUUCCCACAUCGCAGACUGUUCCUCCAGCACUGAGGUUUAUUAAUGGAAAGAGCCAAAUGGAAUUUGAACCUCCGGUCAGAAAAGGAGAAGAAGCAAAGGGAGACCAGGUAGAAAGUGUGUCUCCCACAAUAAGUGCAGUGCAAGAUACAGAUAUCCCUGAAGAACCCAGUGAUGAACAGACGCAAAUACUGACUAGAAAUGAGUUUGAUGCCACACAAGAGCCAGAUGUCCCAACUGAGAAAUUGGUCAUAAUACCCACUGACAAAACAGCAUCAGAAACGGUUGUUAAAUUCCUGCAGGCUACAGAAGUCCUACCAGUAGAACAUAUCAGUGAAGAAGUUGUUCUUAUCCCAUCAUCCAUACAAAAUGGUCAUCCAACGGCAGAGGCUGGAAAGGUGUCUGAGGAAAUCUCAGUCAGCAAAUCAUUCGAAGACAAGCAAGAGCUCCCUGUGAUUGUCACAGCAACUCCAAAAGAUUUUGUGGCCCUGGGAACUGAAAAUUACAUCACUGAAACAAGUACAACGAAGAUGUUACCUACCAAACAGACUGAACUCUCAGCACUAGUGGAAACUGCUGUCCCAACAAAGAAAUUGGAAGAUUUACAGUCUACUGAAUUUGAUGAUAACAUAGUAGCAAAGCCUUUUGUUGAAGAAGGCAUUGAAAGCUCUGGUGAAGGAUUUGAAACUAGCAGCAUGGUAACUACGCAGAUUUUGAGGGAAGAAACUUCAGCCACAGCAGCCACAGUUAUCGUAAAGACAACAGAAAGACACAAGAAGGUUUCUACAUUUCAAACACUUCAGUCAACUGAAGUGGAUACGGCUUCAGUGCCCUCAACUAAACUGUUUUUAACUGAUGAGGUUUCUGGCAAAACUGCGUCUGAUUCCAAGUUAAUGACAACAGAGGAAGCCCAGGUAGAUAUGGGAGAACAACUUACUUUCAGAAACAUACAGAAAAACAAAUAACAGCUGAUUCAUUUGUUGAAUCGUCUGGCAGUUCAGAGAUUGAAAUGACAUCUUCAGAAAAAAGCACGGAAGUAA